AAUUUCAAACAAAUAAUUUUUUAAUCAUUCGUUCGAAUAAAAUGAAAUUUUGUUAUUAUAGAAAUAAAGAUUGUUAGAAAUUUAGAUUAGCGUAUAAUCGCGCACGUGUUUCCGAGAUAGUGUACAGGUGAUGGUGGUGGUAGUGGGGGGUCGCGUGAAUGAAAAGCUCGAUCGGGAAGACGGGGAAAGAGAGAGGCCGAUAAUCGUACAGCGAGAGGUCGGCAGAUGGCGGUGCGUUCGCUCGGCGCCAGCUUGAAACACCUGACGAUCGACUUAGCAGUGCAGCAUGGACUCGGCUGGCAGGCACACACUUCUUUCAAAGAAAACAGGUGCCAACGGCGAACGUGCUGUCGAGUACCGUUGUCGGAUCGCACGCGAGUGAGAGAGAGAGAGAGAGAGAGAGAGAGAGAGAGAGAGAGAGAGAGAGAGAGAGAGAGAAAGAGAGAGAGAAAGAGAGAUACACGCAUAGAAACAGUCAGACAUACAUAGUGGGGUGACAAUAAAAAAAAAAAAAAAGAAAAAGAAAUAGAGAAAAACAUCCAAAGAAACAUCCUCAUUCCCCAAAGUUUCAUUUGAGACGCACAUUUACGUGGAUCCGGUUCACGAUCGUUCAUUUCGGGAUACGAUGAGAAGAAACGAAAAGUACGACGAGCAGGAAGCAUUGCAAAAAUAUCGAUUAGAAAACGUUUAGAUAUUCGUAACAGUAAUCGAGAUUCGAGUACGUAAAUCCGUUCGUAUUUCGUCGAUGGGAAGAAUCGAAGAGAAGACGGUCGCGAGUUUAAAAUUCCCGCGCGCGCAACUCCCUUCUCGCCCUUCCAUUGAGCGUACGCGUCGACGAGGUAGAACGUAAGGGUCCACGAGUAGCCGCACGCGAUACGACAAAGAUGUGACGCAAUUCGGACGUUCCUUUUACCGGCCCUUUCGGAAGUGAGCGCGGAAAGAGGAAGAGAGAUAGAGAUAGAUACGUAGAUACAUAGAUAGAUAGAUAGAUAAAAAGAGAAAGAGAUAGAAAGAGAGGAAAGUUACGAAGCUUUUGUUUUUCAAGAAAACUAAAUAAAAAUGAUGGCGACACGUUCAUCGACAAUGACGAUACUACUUCUUUCGACGAUCUUCAUACUCGAAUUGAUCUACGCUAAGGAUGAUGGAUCGACGUUGGAAUAUGAGGAUUUUCUUACAACCACCGAGAACUACGUUCGUCUUCGCGUCGACAGAGGUAAGAGUCAUCAUCGACGUCAUAAUUUUACGAUCGACUUUUCCUGCACUCUGCAUGACAAUUUUGCGGCCGUCAGAAACAACGGAGGAGGAAGAAAAAUUUCAAGGUCUAGUGUCCUCGAGCACCGAGAUACCCUCCGUCGAAGUACUCUCGUCGAAAGCUAAGAGGGAACAGGUACUGCGGAACAUUCUUGCAGCUCGAAGACGACGAAUGUCGAAGCAACGAAACGGCCGUCUCAUCGACGUCACUCCAAAGGAUCCACCAGACAUCCUGGAAGCACAAGAGACGAAGAACGAAGGAAUGUAUGCUAGGGUUUCUACGGCGAAGAACGGUACCGACGAUGCUGACAAGAAAACGUUCAAAGCAACGAUGGAAGAGAACCUAACGACAUUGAUGAGCGAACGAGAGGACAUCGAGUCCACGAUGACGAUGGCGCCGGUAACGAGCGUCCCAAAGUCCUUGGAGGCUGAUAACGUUCGUAAAAAAAACAUCGUUUCCAUGCCGGAGUCCCUUUACAAGCACUUUAGACCCGUAGAAAGUAACAUUCCGAUGGAGGACAUGUCGCAGUUCCUUUAUUUCGGUCAGAAACUACAACCGGAGCUGCAGAACGUAACGACAGUUGGUAACGAUUCGAACGAACUUGUCUCGGUUACUCCAACAACCUUGCGAAGGAGAAAUCCUAGCAAGAGAACCAGCUUGUCCCCGCUUACAACGACAACGGGAACGACAACGACAACGACAACGACAACUACGACUCGAGCUGAAGAAAUAUCGAAGGAGGAGACCAACGUUGCUUUGGAAAGACGCAUGAUCGAGAAGAACAAAGUUUCUAAGACAACGAAGAACACGUUGCGAGACGUGCCGAAUUUGUAUUAUAGGAAAACAAGAUUGUCCGACUCGACGAUCGCCACGAACGUGAUUCCCAGCAAGGACAUGACACAGAACGGAAAUACGACGGAGCUCGAGGAGCAAGCGGUGGAGCGGAGGGGUGAGAACGGUGUUCAGAAGACGAAAGUAUCAAGAGGUAGUUUCCGAAGGAGCAAAAAGAUGGAAGAUGUCGAAGAAAAAGUUGGAAACGAUGGUGUUUCCGAGUACCGUUCGAAGGACGAUAAGAAGUCUCGGGAGAGUAACAGCAUCGAGGAAAGUACGGUGAGUUCGACGACAUUGAGAAUCGUCGUGACGGAACCUUACAGAGAGUCGUCGGUGAAAAACUUUUCGACGACGACGCCGACGCCGACGAUGACGACGACGACGACGUCGACGUCGACGUUAAAGACCACGACGCAAGAGACUCGCCGGCAUCACCAGCAACACGUGUACGCGUAUACGAUAACCAACGUGACGAGACUGUUGCGCAACUACACCGGACCUGGGCUAAGCGGAGAGACUGGAGUAAGAGGAAGAGGAAGAGUCGACGCAGGAAGAGGAGGAGGAGGAGGAGGUGGUGGAGGUUCUCGAAGGAGCAGCAGCGCUUCCAGCGAGAUAACGAACGGCAGGGUAGAGUCACCGUCGACGGAGGCUUCCGCCGGUGCUGCCGGCAUCAGCGAGGAGCCCUCGCAAUCCGCUGGACUCAGUACUGGCAGGAGCGUCGAAGCGGUUGGAAGACCGAGCACGAUCGCUACUCCCUCCUUGGUGGGGGAACGACGAAGAAAAGUCCUCGCGAGCGGUGCCCACCGAACCGGCGCUCAGUCAGCGCCGCAACGCGCACCCGUGAGAAUCACGAGCGCUCUUACUCGAAACAACAGACAACAGCAGCAUCAGCAACAGUGGUCCGACAGAGUAACCCUCGUUAUCGAAGAAAGUUCGACCGAUCCUGAUCCUCAUCAUCGUCAUUAUCAUCAUAAUAGAAGUUUUCUUCGUAAAUCAGCUAGCGCUGUCUUGCACAGCGGUGCGGUGAACCAGAAAGACGCGAGCCCGGAAGCGAUGCCUUCCACGGGCACGCAAGAUUCCGUUCUCGUUGACGCUGACAGAAGGAACUCCCUUGAUCUGGAGCGUCGAGAGGAUGAAUCUCGUAUUGAAAAUGAAGCCUCCUUGAAGGUCAAUCGUACCUUCGAGGACAAUUUUACGACGAAUGAAAGUUUGUCAGAUUUGAAAGUCCCGGAAGAGACGACGGUCGUCGAUCUUCUCUCGUCUUCUCCUUUGGUCGAUGGUCCUACCGAGGCCUCGAUCGAGACUCUGUCUAACUCGGAUAUCAAAGACGAGACUCGGAAGGAGAGCAACAACGAGCACUCCACCGUAACGACUACGACAACCUCGAUGACGCCGGAAGUUACGACUAGUGCACCCGUAUUUCCGGUGACACCCAAGUUACUCGUUGAAAAGAUAUCGAACGAUAAUCGUUUGAUCGGCUCGAGUACGACGGAAUCUAUAAAUCGAUUGACUUCGAGUAGGAAACCGGAUCAAGAUAGACCGUUCGGUUUAGCGGCAGAUCUUGAUCCUUCCGAGAUUCAAAAGAUGUAUAGAUCGCAGAACACUUCGAGCACUGAGAGCAAUACUCUGCCGGAUUUGGAAACGUCUACCGUUUCGACGAAUCAAUUUCCAAAUCGGAUUGCUCAACAGCAUAUGCACGAUUUUCAUGAAAGCAGAGGACGCAGUCUCUCGGAUAAAGCAAAACAGGAAGACGAUGUACUUCCUAUAAUGCAGCUUUACAACACCUCGGAUAUAUUCGAUGACAGUAGCACCCUUGGUCCUGCUACUCGUACGGUCGAAAUACCCUUAGAGGAAAGUAAUACGACUAAGGAUAAAGUGGAAUCACCUCAGGAAGCUCCUGCUUCGCGAUACACCACUCCCUCUGCUACCAACAAACCCACCGUUAAACCCAUCCCUAAAUCAACCCCCAAAUCAACCCCUAAAUCCACUAUCAGACCUACUAGUACACCUUCCAAUUUCGUUAACAGGACGAGGUACAGAUCGAUUUAUUCCAAUCGAUCUGUUGUAUCGGAUUAUGCCGGUUUAGGGUAUCAACCGAUCGAAUUCAACAGGACGUACUUUGACAGUGGUUUGAUUGCCGUUAGCCCACGGGAAUCAGUGAAUAUUAGUGAAGUGACUAAGAGACACGAUAGCGACACUAUUGCAUCACAAGAGACCGUAGCAGUAGUUAGUUAUAUUUUGGCUACGCUCGUCGUAUUUCCGAUUGCCGUUGGCGUUGGACUCAUUCUUAGAAGACUGAUCAUUAGGAAUCGUAAGGUGCUCGAAGAAUCGGACACGUCAUCCGAGAUAAGUUACAGGAAGGACGCUCUUAAUCUCGAAAAUGGGGAUUUUAAAACGUCCAUCGAAAAGGCAAUUACAAAGCUACCGAGGAUACAACAUUUGUGUCACGAAGCAGAGAAACCACCGCCACCUCCGUCGCAAGAAUCCAGAUGGGAGUUUCCUAGAGAUAAGCUUAGGUUACAGACGGUCCUCGGGCAAGGAAACUUUGGACAGGUUUGGAAAGCCGAAGCCGACGACUUGACUGGUCAUCAGGGUACAACGAGAUUGGUGGCUGUUAAAACAGUGAAAGAAGGUGCUUCGGAACGUGAAAAAGAAGAUUUAGUACGAGAAUUAGAGAUCAUGCAACAGCUUGGUAGUCAUCCGAACGUUGUAACACUUUUAGGUUGUUGCACCGAAGAGGAGCCCCAUUACCUGAUACUCGAAUACGUGAUGUACGGAAAGCUAUUGGCUUAUCUACGCGAUCACCGCACCAGGCAGGACUUUUACAAUUUCAGCGAGGACUCGGCGGCCCUGACAUCGAGAGAUCUGACGGUAUUUGGAUACUGCGUCGCUAGAGGCAUGGAAUAUCUCGCGUCAAAAAAGAUAAUUCAUCGGGAUCUCGCAGCCAGAAACGUUUUAGUUGAUCACAACAAACUCUGCAAGAUCGCAGAUUUCGGAAUGUCGAGAUUCGCGAACGAAGACGGCGAAGUGAUCGAAACGAGACACGGUAGAAACGCAUUGCCGAUAAGAUGGAUGGCACCGGAAUCGUUGAUUUAUUCUCUUUUCACUACGAAGACCGACGUUUGGAGCUUCGGCAUUUUAAUGUGGGAAAUAGUAACGCUCGGCUCAACGCCGUACCCGGAUAUGACGGCAAGGGAAGUCAUGCGGAACGUGCAAAGCGGUUAUCGCCUCGAGAGACCGUCCCACUGUCGAAGCGAGCUCUUCAGGGUGAUAUCCCGAUGCUGGCACGCUGAUCCCGACCGCAGACCAGAAUUUCAAAUUCUAAGGAGGGAUCUGGCACAACUUCUCGAGGACAAUAUGAACGGCCAUUAUGUCGAUCUCGAGAGUUUUGCUUCCGAGUGCACCGACUGACGCCAUCUCGAUUAGACUACUCAUCUUAUUCUUUGCUAAUCUGAUCUUAUUCGAUAUUAUAAUCUUUAAUGUCGAACGAAAGGGAUAAGAAAUAUCGUAGAUCGAUUUAUCGAAACAAUCGAAAGUUUAUAUUAGAAAACGAAUCAAGUUUGCCAUUUUUUACGCCGAACUUUACGAAGGUCGAGACGAACCAGAAAAGAUUCGUUAAUUUAUUAUUCUUUUUCUUUU